CGGUAUUUUAUCUAUAAAAACAGUAUAUUCUAUCUAUUUUGUAUACGUUUUAUCUUUAAACUACGGUAACUGUAUUAAAUUUCUUAUUCUUCUUUAACGUUUGCCUUACUUAAGCUUAGAAAAGCCCUCCAGAUGAUUUGAUAAAUAACUGUGUUUUAGUUUACAGUUUUACGUUAAUUAAAUUUUUCAUUAAAAACGUUGCGUCGUUCUAUUAGCGCAUAUCCUUCGAAUAUAAAUAUGAGCAAUUUUGUAAAUUUAAGUAUUUUUGAAAAUUAUCAAAAAUACAUUGAUAAUGAACAAGAAAUACGUGAAAAAAUUCGCUUGAUGGUGCGUAAAAUCGAACAGAAUACAAAAGAAGCAGCAAUACAAUUGCAGAUCAUACAUUGCGACCUCAGUAAAAUUGAUAAUGCCUGUGCACAAGCGCGUAAAACUAUUGCUGCAUGUUCAGAAAAUUAUCAAAGUUUAUCAGAGAUUAUCCCAAUUGGUCAAUACUAUCGUUAUUCCGAUCAUUGGACAUAUAUUACUCAACGUUUAGUAUUUAUUAUAGCGAUGGUGGUCUAUCUGGAAGCAGGAUUCCUAGUGACACGUGAGACUGUAGCUGAAAUGCUAGGUUUAAAGACGAAUCAGGCUGAUGGUUUCCAUUUGGACAUUGAAGAUUAUUUAAUGGGUAUUUUGCAAAUGGCCUCUGAACUAUCAAGAUUUGCCACCAAUUCAGUUACAUUGGGUGAUUACGAUCGUCCUCUUCACAUAUCACGUUUUAUGGCUAAUUUAAAUGCUGGUUAUCGUUUGCUUAAUUUAAAAAAUGAUGGACUACGUAAACGAUUCGAUGCAUUAAAAUAUGAUGUGAAAAAAAUCGAAGAAGUCGUUUAUGAUAUUAGUAUACGAGGGCUGAAAAAUAGUACUAACGAAGCAACGGAUGAAACUAGUAACAAAGAGACGACAGAGGAAAACUAUUCUUCGGCAAAUGCCGUUGGCACUGUUGAAAACGUUUAAAUAUUUAAGCACAAAAAAAAAAAAAAAAAGAAAAAAGAAUACAAAGAGAUUUAAGGAGGAAUAAUAAGAAACAUUCCUCUCUUCUUUACUACAUAUAAACAAAGCGAGAAAAGAAUACAUAAAUACAUGUAAAUAUAAAUAUCCGUCUUUUGCAUAAGGAAUUCCCCCAUAAUAACAGAAGAAACGGCAACAGCGACAGCAACACAGCCGUCACCGACAACGAAAAUCAACAUCAACAUCAUCAACGAUGAUGUAUAGUCGUAUAGUCGUGGUCUUGUGGUCGGUCUCCGUAGUUAAACUGCUGCCGGUUAAGCCGUUUGCCAUUUGGAAACUCAAUUUUAUUCGUGUAUUUAGCUUGGUUGAGAGCGGUUGUUGUGUUUGAUUAACGGCGGUUUACUUUUCGUUUUGAAUUAAUUGAAUUUUUUUAUAAAAAAGAAAAAGAAAAGAUAUAAAAUAAAAA